AUGGCUGUGAUUGAAGAUCAGUCACGUCGCACCAAUAUACGUUUAAGAGGAACAGCGGAGUCAGUCAGUGUGGAGGAACUGUCAGAAUAUAUUAAAGGCCUAUGUGGGAAAAUUGUAAAAAAUUGUGAGGAAUCCGCAUGGGAGCUGGAUCGUGUGCAUCGCCUACCAAGACCUCAGUACCUUUCAGUAGAUAAACCACGGGAUGUAAUAGCGAAAUUCCAUUAUCCAAAAUCUAAAGAGCUGCUGCUGCAGUCAGCAAGAAAGGAGCCUAGCCUUCCUGCUCCUUACAAAGAUGUACUGAUUUUUGCUGAUCUGUCCUUAUUAACUAUAGCAAGGAGAAGAGAAUUUGCGGAGUUCAUGAAAGUAUUGAGAGACCAAAAAAUAUCAUACCGUUGUGGCUACCCGACUAAACUGUUGAUUUGGGGGAACGGAGCAUUACAUGUAAUAAAAGAACCAGAAGAAGCAAGGAACAAAUUAAAAGAAUGGGGAAUGUUAACAACACAGAAUGGGAAUUCAAAUAAAGCAGAAAAGAAACUAUAA